GCAGAGAAAAAGAAGUUGCUCCUUUAAGAAAGCUGUGGGCUUGGAUCAGAUCGACUACUCAGCACUCUGGUUUUUUAUACUGGCUCCUAAUUUGGGAUUUGUUUAGAAUCAGUAGAGGGACUGUGGAACGUUACCUUGAUUGGGAAGGGAUUCUGUUUACUUUUAUAUCAAACCAGCAACAUGUCUGACUCCAAGGUUACUGCUCACUUGGAUGGAAUUAUCUCUGACUUUGAAGCUCUAAAGAGGUCAUUUGAGGUGGACGAUGUGGACACCUCGGCCAACUCCUCGCCAGGCUCCCGCCGGGUUCCCAACAACACCAACCACCGCCCCGUCAUGUCCCCCACCAGCAUCUACUACCGUGAACUGGGCGCCAGCAAUAACAACAACGGCUCCAUCUCCAAGACCAUCAUGGGAGGGGGCGGCUCCAAGCCUCCUGAACCCAUAUCCCGAGGACGCACGGAGCUCUCCAUCGACAUUUCCUCCAAGCAGGUGGAUCCAACCAGCCCUGGUUCCCUCCGAUUCGGCGCAAAACGGCCCGAGGUCCUAGGCCACUCCAAGACGRCCGAGAUGGGCCACAAACGGGAGGUGACCUUCUCUAAAAUGCCCCAGGAGGUGGUGAUUCGCGCAGGGGCCCGGACCCCUGAGCCACCCAGCCAUGCCCGGAGGUUCGAGCCCCUCAGUCUGGGGGACAGCCCGGCCGCGAGGACUACACCAGGGAUCAGCGUCACCAAAGCACCCGAGACAACGGGGAAUGGAAAGAACAACCACGAGAACCAUGGUCAUCAUGCGCCGGUCCACCACCCCCACCAGCCCAACCCCCACCACAACACCAUCGUCACCACCAUCCGCUGCUCCUCGCCCAACCGCACCAAGUCCCCCAACCCUGACAGGUCAGAAGUCAAUCCGAGCCACAGCAACAUGUCCGCCCCACCACAUCCGCAACCCCCUGCCAAGGGAGCGUCACAUGGCACUGGCGACUUCAGCUACGUGGGCAUCGAUGCCAUCCUGGAGCAGAUGAGGAGGAAGGCCAUGAAACAGGGCUUUGAGCUCAACAUCAUGAUCGUCGGUCAGAGUGGUCUGGGGAAGUCAACCCUGAUGAACACCCUGUUCAAGUCUAAGGUCAGCAGGAAGUCUGUGGUGUCCAACCCCGAGGAGAGGAUCCCCAAGACCAUCGAGAUCAAGUCCAUCAGUCACGACAUCGAAGAGAAGGGCGUGAGGAUGAAACUAACGGUAAUCGACACUCCCGGCUUUGGGGACCACAUCAACAACGAGAACUGCUGGCAGCCAAUCAUGAAGUUCAUCAACGACCAGUAUGAACAGUACCUGCAGGAGGAGAUCAACAUCGACAGGAAGAAGAGGAUCCCAGACUCACGGGUUCACUGCUGCAUGUACUUCAUACCACCUACUGGACACUGUUGAGAACAUUGCACACUGUGAGUUUGCCUACCUGCGAGACCUUCUCAUCAGGACCCACAUGCAGAACAUCAAGGACAUCACCAGUAGCAUCCACUACGAGGUGUACCGCGUCCGCAGGCUGAACGAGACCAACGCCCAGCCCAAUGGCCAGCCCCCCAACACACUGGUUAACCCACAGCCACAGCAGGCCAACGGGGCGGCAGCACAGCACCAAGUCCUGACCCAUGAGAUGUAGAUGUCUGACCAUCUGCAAACAAAUAAACACACACGCACACACACACACAGACCCAUAUAUAUAUCUUUAAUGGCUGGCAACUGUGACACACCACAUGCAAACACACCACGUGACAUACACACACCCAUCCUAACUGGCUGACAUGGACUGUACACACUCCAAAGAGGAUUCCAAUAUCAAGUAUAUAAUAAUUCAUACAUGAUCAACUGCCAAAACAGAGUUUCUGUUACCUGGAAGUUCUAGUGUAGGUCGUUGUAGGUCAGAGCUGUUGGAUAAACAGUACAAGAUGUCCCCUAGGGAGAUGGGAUGCCACAGUAUUAUAGCAUACAGAUGUGUACAGACCAGCUAUCUAAGUAUAGCACAUUUAGCUAAACUAGAAAUAACUGGUCGAAAUGACCUGUUCUACGUUUGGGUUGUGCUSUAUAGUGUUGUCUYGAUAUUGGAGAUAUUAGGAGGUWGGGUUUAGCUUCUUUGUACAUUUUUGGACACAUCUGCACUGCCCCGAAAAGCAGCAAUGCAGUGUGGAGCAGCUUUGAAAUCCCUUUUGUCUUUUUCCGUUGCGUUUUCAUAUGUUUAAGACCUCUUGCCAAACCAUCCUGUCUAUACCAAUAUGCCAAUGUCGUAUCUUGUUAAAUGUAUCAUGUUCAUUCAUACAGUGCAUUUUACAUUUACUGUUGUGUUAUAAUAUUGUUGUCUGGAUGGUGGGGAUGCAGGGAACAGACAUCCCCCAUGCUCUCRGACCUUUCUCUAAACCAAAUAAAUGUCCUUUCUGUUUUAAAGAGAAGCGAAAUAUAUAGAAUUGAUUUAUAAAUAGAUAUUUAUGCUUGUUAUGUAUUCACUUUAUAAUUGAGUUUGAUAUUCAUAUAGCCUACCAGUCGACCUACACACUCCCGUUGUUCUCAGAGAGGAUGGAAAAUCUACAGAGAUCCUCUUUGGUUGUGUCUCCUUGCCAUCAUGCAUUGUCUCCCGUGUAUUUAUAGAGAAUUCUAUGAAUCUAGAUUUACAUUCUGUCUUUUUGGACGUGAUACAGAAUAGGACUACAGGUAGGUUGAAUAUGUAGCCUACAUGCACCGCUUGAAAUAAUAAGUUUUGUAUUCCCGGUGUAGUCAAUGUAUAACUCCCUUAUCUUCCCUACUAAACAUUUAUUCCAAAAAAGUCAUAAAUGUGCCCAUCAGCCAAACACAAUUCUUCACUCCGACAGAAACUCAUGGACAGAGGUCAAAACCAAGAGUACUAUUCAUUCAGCAAUGUAGCUCACGUAACAUAAACAAUGACGAAAGGUAAUACAAUGUUUACUGUUGUAUAGUUAUUGUGUAAUUUGUUAUAGUAUGAUGAGAGUAUGGUUUAUCUUUGAUAUGCUAUGUCAAAUAAAUAAAGAUUGAUAUUUUUAUUGUU